CAAUAGAGCGGGGAGAUGUGUAGGUCAUAAUACGCGUGGUGACGUCGUUGCGUGCAAGCGCACGAUACAGGUUACGAUGACCGAGGGGUCAUUAUAUCAAGAGCAUUUCCUUCGUUAACUGCCUCUACGAUCUCACUCUCACAUCAACAAUCAUAUCAUACUCCUCACAAACACACAUUCAACAAACCCAUCAUCAUUCAAAAUGGAGAAAGCCAAGUCUGCCGUCUCUUCCUUCCUCAGCAAAGAUGGAAAACACGACACCACCGUCCACGAGAAGGUCAACCCUGCUGUCCAACAGGAGCACGUUACCCCCACCCGCCAUGAGAAUGUAACAACCGCUGUCGACAAGGAAGUACACCAGGACCACUACCACACUUCAGUACAACCCGUACAUGACCGUGAGGUACUCCCAGAGAAGCAUGAGCACCAAGUUGCUGGUGUAAAGCACACCACCCACCACCACGGUGACCACGAUGCCGUCAAGCAGAAGCACGCCGCCGAGGAGGCUCAAUUCAAGAACACCCGUGAAGUCGGUGCCACUCAGGAAACACACAGUGUGAAGCCCACUGUUGGCGGCGAGCAUGUCCACCACCACGUUCACGAGAAUAUUCAACCUGUCAUCCAGAAGGAGACUGUUCAGCCUCAUGUUGUGCACACCACUGUACCCGUGCAUGAGACUCACCAUCACGAACCCAAGCACCAUGCUGCGUCCGCGCUCCCUGCUGUCUCCAUGGAUCAGUUCAAGUCUCAAGGCGGUGCCCUCAACGGCCGUGGCGAGAAAUCUGAUGCGUUCUCUGGCCAACCGCUGCCCAUCGGUGAGAAGACUGUUGCCGGCCACCCCAACAUUGGCGGACAUGGUGCUCAAGGUACCACGCAUCUGACGCAGCGAGGUGAAACCACAUCUGCCACCGGUGGUGUCGCCACUGGGGCUACUGGUGCAAGCUCUACUCGCACUGCCAAUGGAUCAGGUCUGACCGACCGUACGACUCACAAUGGCAAUGGUGUUGGCGGUAUUGCGGCUGGCACUGGCGCCACUGGCGGAACUCACAAUGCGCACAAUGGCAGCACGACCACUCACAAGAAACCUAGUUUGAUGGACAAGAUCAACCCCAAGAUUGACGCUGAUGGCGAUGGCAAGGCUGGUUUCAUGAAGUGAAUAGUCAUGAUAUUCC